CCUUUUAUUUUUUUGUCCUUCAUUUCACUCGAUGUACCACAUAAUUGAAAAGAAUGUAUGAAAAGUAAAAUGAUAAGUGUGGAUAGCACCACCCUAAAAUCAAUACGCAUAGAGUUAAUGAGAAAACCAUAUAUUUUACCAAGACAAUUAAAUAAGAUUUGUCAUCCCACAUUCCAAAUGUGAAUACUGUAAAGAAUCCUACAAACAUAAGAAAUGGAGGCAACAAAAAGAAAAGUGAGUGAACGUAGACAAUCCAAGUACACAGAGCAAAUUCACUUAGUACUACACUCUACUAAUAUUCUUCUUCACAUGUAAAGGAGAGGCUUUAGGUUCAAUUCUCACUAAAAGAGAAUUUGAACCAUAUUAUUGCUAACCCAUUGUGAGGCUAAGUUAUCAUCUCCCUCCAGUGUAAUAUCGUUUAUUAGGAAAAAAAAAAAAAAAAAGUACGCAAAGCAAAGGAAGGGAAUCCACGUACACACCACACCCAAAGUCUCCUGCCCGUAGCCCAUGAUUUCCCGAACAAAACAUCCCUAUACAAACAAAUCGACAACAAAAAUCCAAAAGCCAUAAGAAACCCACAUCAUUAAAAUCAUCCUUAAUUCGGUUCUGCUAAUCAUACGAUAAUGGCGCUGGAGACGGUGAAGGAGGACGAAGAAGUUUACAGGUGGAGAGAAGUGCAGCUGCUUCAAAUCGCAGAGCUGGAGAGAGAGAAGCUGGUGAGAAGGCGAGGCCGUGACAUUGUCAUAGCUGUGGAUCAUGGGCCCAACAGCAAGCACGCUUUCGAUUGGGCUCUCAUCCAUUUCUGCAGGCUAGCGGAUACCAUCCAUCUUGUUCAUGCCGUUUCCAAUGUGAAAAACGAGAUUGUUUACAAUGCAAGUGAGGGGCUUAUGCAGAAGCUUGCUAUGGAGGCUUUUGAAGUUGCCAUGGUAAGGACUAGUGCCCGGAUUGUGGAAGGGGAUCCUGGUAAGGUAAUUUGCAAGGAAGCAGAACGAGUAAAGCCAGCAGCUGUGAUCCUAGGUACCAGAGGCAGAGGAUUCAUUCAAGGUGUACUACAAGGAAGUGUGAGUAAGUAUUGCAUGCGCAACUGUAAAUCAUCUCCGGUUGUAAUCGUUCCAGGAAAAGAAGCUGGAGAUGAGUCGAUGAUAUAG